AUGACAGCGCAAGUCUCGUUUGAGAACUUGCCAAGUGAAAUUCUUCUGAAUAUUUUGGAUUAUUUGUCCACAAAUGAGAUUAUCUAUGCAUUUCUCUGUCUCAAAUCAAAAUUUCGACGGUUUUUAUUCGAACAUGAGCGUUAUUUAAAUAACUAUGAAAUAGCAAUCGUCAAUUACGGCUUCUAUGAAAAGAUUUUGCCGAUUUUCAGUCCACGAGUUCGAAGUUUGACAAUUCCGACCACCGACCUCUCUUUCUCAUUGGAUAUCUUACCGAACUUACGAACUGUGAUCAUCUCUUCACCAUUUGGCUUAUCUGAUCAAUCCUUACAACGAUUACUUUCCUCGAAUCAGUUCCAAAACCUACGAGUAUUCAAGAUCCAAAGUGAAAAAUACUUAAAAUCUCGAUCGUCUAUACUUCGCGAUAAUUUCGAACAUUAUCUCUUCGCGAAUAUCUUUCAAAACCAAAACAAAUUACAAAUCUUUGAAUGCGCAUCAUUAAUCAGCUUGUUCAGUCGAAAGACUGUCUCAAACUUCCACCGAAAUCCUUCAUUAACCUCCUUAACAUUAUAUUUGAACGAAUUUCGCGAUAUAUUCAUCGUUUUACGCUACACACCGAAUCUAAUCCACUUAAAUAUCAAAACAGCGUUAUGUGUAAUCCAUCAGAAACACGAGCAAUGGUUCAAUAAUGAUCAAACAAAACUUCAGCGAUUGUAUUUAACAUUUGUCACCAAAGAUUCCAUGCAUACAGAGUAUACGACCAAUAAACUGGAUUUUCUUCAUUUAGUUAGUGAUAUUAAGUUAUUCUCUUCGACAUUGACUUGUCUAUCGAUGAAUUUCACUGAUUUGCAAAUCUACAGUACUGAUGAAUUUCCAUUCAAUGGUCUAAAAUUGCAACAUCAAUUGUUAGAGUCAAUGACAGAAUUGAAACAAUUCCAUCUCUAUUCGAAAAUUCAGCAACAAUUUCUUGAGCCAGAGAAUGUCUUGGCAACAUUUCAAGAUCAAUUUUGGUUCGAUCGAAAUUGGUCGAUUGGUAUGCAUGGCAAAUAUUUAUAUACGUUACCAUUCCAUUUUGAUGAACUACACGGUUUUCUGGAUUUUGAUCGUGUCAAAUCGAAUAACAAUAAAAUUCUCAAUUCGUGUGGAAUUUGGUCGAAAGUUAAAUUUAUUCAAUUAGCUCGAUCGAAUAGAUUCAAUCUUGGACUUAUCAAACAAAUGAAAAUCAAGUUUCCAAGAUUGAAUGCCAUACGAUUUCUUUCCAGUGGCUUGUAUAGUUAUUCCGAAGUGUUGGAACAGACAAAUAUCAACGAAGACGAAAUCUUAAGAAGCGUUUCGAUUGUCGAUCUAGAAGGCGGAUCAAUGGAGAAUAUAAAACAAUGGCUAGUUUAUGUGUUACCCAAUGUUAAACAUCUCAGUCUGUCUUAUACUGGACUUCCAUCGACCAAUAGUCAAUUAGUUCCGAUUUUGAAUGGCAGAAUCGAACGAUUAGAUAUUAUUGAACAAAGUAUCAUCGAACAGAUCAAUCGAACCAAUCGAACGUACUUCUCGAAUGUGAAAGAUCUUCGAUUGAUGAUUUAUAAUGUUGAAGGCAAGUUUCAUUGGUACGUGAAUACGCUGAUGAAGAUCUUGAGGAACUACAAACGUUUGAAUAUGUUACUCAUAUGUAUUGUUGAUGACGACGAUGUGCAGACAUUUCGCUCAUCGGAGGCGGAAUUAAGUAAAAUUAUUGAAUAUUUGAAAAUGAACGGAAUUGAGCGAUACUUUCAUAUCAAACGACAUCGAGAAUCAGCAGUUUUUUAUAAAUAA